UAUAUUACUGAUAUUACUACAUUAAUUUAAACUUAAUAUAUAUAAUAACAAAAAACGUAAACGUUAGAUUUUAGAAAAUAAUUAUAGUCUAUAGAAAAAAAUGUAUUCAAUAUAAUUUGGUUGUGAUUCUUGUGAAUAAUAGUGAUAUUUUUGUGAUUUAUAAAAUUAUUUCUAUCAUGUCGUGAGUAAAUCUAAAAAAUUGGAAAAAUAUAAAGGACGUACGAUUACUGGUUUGCUUUCCGGGAAGAGGAGGAGCGAAGGAAGAUGUCGAACGACGAGGAGAAGCCGUUCGCGGUGGAGAGGGCGAAAAGCGGGCGGGCCAAAUGCAAGAAGUGCAAAUGUCCGAUAGAAAAGGACACGGUGAGGAUCGCGAAAUUGGUCGCGAAUCCGUUCACGGAUGGCAAGAUGAAAGCGUGGCAUCACUUGACCUGCCUGUUCGAGGUGUUUGCCAAACAGAGGGCCACUACCAAGAGGAUAGACGAUCCCGCGGAGGACGUGAGCGGGUGGGAAGAUCUGAGCAAGGAGGACAAGGCGAUCGUGCUUCGUAUGAUCGAAGAGUUCGAAAAGGAUUCGAAAAAUCACACUCCUAAGGGAAAAGGGGUGGAGGCAAGAAAGCGCAAAAGUGAGAUUGGCGCGGAAUCCGAUCCUUCUCCGAGCAAAAAAACGAAGAAGAAGGAGAAAGAGAAGGAGAAGAAGGAGAAGGAGAAGAAGGAGAAGGAAAAGGAUUCGAGCGAGGAGGAAGGAACGGAUAGCUCCUCGGCGACCAGGAGUCCGGAGAAAAGGACAACGAGAGACGAUUCGUUCGAAGAAUUUCGACGGGUUUGCAACGAUGUGGCAAGAGUGGACGCGUACACCGAGAAAACGGCCGUCGUGAAAAGGAUGUUCAGCAAAGGGUCCGAAGGUGACGGUUUUAAAAGCGACGUGAAGCUGUGGUGCAGAAUGUUGCUUCCCGGGGCCGUGAAGAGGGUGUACAACUUGCAAAGCAAACAAUUGAUCAAGCUGUUUUCUCGUAUACUGCUCGAGGACGAGGACGAGAUGCUGGAACAUCUCGAACGAGGAGACGUAGCUGAAACCAUCCGAUCCUUUUUCGAGAAAAGCGUCGCUCGAAAACCAGCUGAAAACAGCGUACUUACCAUUCAACAGGUGGAUGAAUUUCUACAAGAGUUGUCGUUUUUAACCAAAGAGGAGGAGCAAGUUAGCCACUUUUGUUCCAUCAUCCCCAGAUGCACUCUGGACGAUCUAAAGAUGAUAAUCCGGCUGAUCAAGCAUGAUUUAAGGAUAAAUGCUGGUCCGAAACAUAUUUUGGCCGCGGUGCACGAAGAUGCUUACGAGGCUUUCCAAACAUCCAGGGAUUUGAACAGCGUUAUCGAACGGUGUUUGCAACGACCGUCGAAAUCAAAAAAGGAAGAAUCGAAUUCUUCCAAUGUCAAGGUUACGCUUUCGCUGAUGACACCUGUUUUACCUAUGCUGGCAGAAGCUUGCAAGUCCGUGGAAAUGGCGAUGAAGAAAUGUCCAAAUGGAAUGCUGGCCGAAGUGAAAUAUGAUGGAGAACGUGUUCAAGUGCAUAAGAAAGGGAACGAAUUUCGAUACUUUAGCAGAUCCUUGAAACCAGUGCUUCCUCAUAAAGUGAAUCUCUUCAAGAAUUAUAUUCCACAAGCUUUUCCAGACGGCGAUGAUCUGAUUUUAGAUUCUGAGAUCCUCAUGAUCGAUGCCAAUACUGGACAACCGUUGCCCUUUGGUACCUUAGGCAUUCAUAAGAAAGCUGAAUUCAAAGAUGCAAAUGCCUGUUUGUUCGUUUUCGAUUGCAUUUAUUACAACGGAGAUGUUUUGUUGCACAAAUCUAUGAUGAAACGAAGACAAAUAUUAACGGAGAGAAUGACAGAGAUACCAAACAGAAUAAUGCUCUCGGAAACGAAGGAAGUCCAUAAUUCCCAAGAUUUAGCAGAAAUGAUCGCCAGGAUUCUUAAAAUGGGUCUUGAAGGCUUGGUCCUCAAAGAUAUUCACAGCAAAUAUGAACCGGGUAAAAGGCACUGGUUGAAGGUAAAAAAGGAUUAUUUGUACGACGGUGCAAUGGCCGAUAGUGCAGAUCUCGUUGUGCUUGGCGCAUGGUACGGUACGGGGAACAAAGGAGGUAUGAUGUCUGUAUUCCUCAUGGGUUGCUACGAUGAAGAUCGUGGCAACUGGGUAACGGUGACCAAAGUACACACUGGUCACGACGAUGCAACCCUGGCAAGUCUUCAGGACGAACUCGAUAUGAUAAAGAUAGGCAAGGAUCCAACUAAAGUACCACGUUGGCUACGUGCUAAUAAACCAAUGAUUCCCGACUUUGUUGCAAAGGAUCCGAAGAAACAACCGGUGUGGGAAAUAACGGGGGCAGAGUUCACCAAUCAGGGUGUUCACACAGCUGACGGUAUUAGUAUCAGAUUUCCACGUGUAACGCGCAUUCGUCGAGAUAAAGAUUGGUCUUCUGCCAUCACUUUAAACGAAUUGCGAAAUCUUUUCAAAAAGAAUUCCGAGUCGAUAGAUUUUACUCUUCUUUUGCCUUCAACUUCUAAGAAAGAAAUUGAUAAAACGAGAACGAGCGAAAAAGAUUCAUCUUUUUUGAACACAAAAGCGAAACGCGAAGAUGAAAGAUCAAAGUCUCCAACAAGGAAAAAUAAGGAUUCAAAAACGAUUAAAACACCUUCUCCAAAGAAAUCUCCCGCAAAGCCAGUCAAUUCUCCUCGUACACGAUCUAGAUCUAACGAAAGAAAUAAGGAUCAAAGAAGGCACGAUGGUGCAAAAAAAAAUAUUUUCAACGAACGGGAUACGGAGGCAGCGUAUUAUGCUUUUGUAGAUAAGGAUUUCAUCGAGUAUUCCGCUGCAGGAGUCCCGUUAAAUUGGAUCGAAGGACGAAAACCCAAGGAUGGUCUUCCGUCGGAUGCAAAAUCGUUGCAUAAUUUAACGAGCAACGAAUUGAAAUCUAAAAGCGUUUUAAAGGGUGCACCGAUCAGCUUGGCGCCAAACUUUAAGAAAAGCAAGCAACGAGAUUAUGUUCGCAACAUGCUCAAGACUCUUGGGGCCAAGGUGUUGAACGACGAAGACAAAUCUACGGCCACGUAUAUGAUUCAUCCUUGUAAGGAAAUCCUAUCGUCCGCUGUUCACGAAUUCGAAGAUGUUCCAAAGACGGUAAGGCACGUGAACGUCUCUUGGGUAGAGGCGGUCGCCACUACUUUGGAAAUUCAAGGGACGGAAGAGCACGCGGUGGAACUGGCCCAGAAUUAUUGUUCCUGUCCCUGUUCUCAUCGAUGACUAUCUUUACAUAAAAUGGAAUAAUGCAGAAUUCAUUGGGAAGAAAUAUUCGAGGAGAAUUUUGUACUUACCUUUUCCUUGCAUCCCAGUAUGUUGUCCUUGAAAUCGAGUCUUCGAAACUCGACUGCUUUAAUGAAGGAAAAUGUAGAAAAUUGUAAAUUGUACAUUCUAUAUUUAUUUCGCUACUGAAUAUUCGUAGCAAGAUAUAUUCGGAAAAUAAAGAGAUCGAUCGUAUACAGA